GCGAGAGAAAUACUUCGAGAACGAGAACUCCAGAGAUGGCUGGCGAUAGCCAACGUCUCCAGCACCCCACUUCGUCCUCUGCCUCGCAAAUCUCUCUUCGCCUUGGAGAAGCCCUCGAAGCUUGCGCAAGCUCGAUAGAGACAAAAGACGUCAUCCAAUCCGAUGAGGCCGUCGCUCCUGUUACCAACCUUCUCCAUUCCAUCAUGGAAUCCUGUACCUCCGAUUUAGAUGAAAUACUACCUGGCAUUGAAGGCUUAGAAGUGGCCCUAGAUGAGAUUUAUCGUUUUCUUUCUUCUCCUGAUUCGAAUCAGAUGGUGGUCGAAGCACUUUCUUUUGAAUUACCGAAGUUGGUUAUAAAGUUUGCGCCUUUGUCAGUAAAGUGUGGGGAGAUUGCUGGGAAAAUCAUCGAACACUUAGUUUCUGUCUGUAAUCCACGCGAGAUGCUCUCUGUUCUCUGUGAGGUGAGCGCAUUUUGAGUGAAUAGGGGAUUUCGUUGCAAUGCGGUUGCUUUAUGGUAAUUUUUUAGGGGGACUUGCUAGGCCAAUAUCUUGUGGUUGGAGCCAGACAGCUCAACCACUUGGCCAAGAAUCGCUGCCUGGUUUGUGGCAAUUAAUUUUUUGCCUAUUGCUUCUGUGAUAUACAUUGCUUUCCUAAAAAGUAAGAACUGUUGUUUUUGUUAA